AUGGGAAGGAACAUCUUACUGCAUUGCCUUCUGUCACUCCUUGUCCUCGCACACGACGUUCUUGCUCAGAGUGCGACGACUACUACCGCGUCAUCGGACACGGCAGCGCAGACGCCCAACACGGGAUACAAUGGCGGCGUGGACAACCCUCAGGACCCAAGCGACGCCGGAGCAGCAGGUGCUUCCAAAGGUGCCUUCAGUCUUUCACGAGGAGGGCUGAUAGCCAUCAUUGUCGUAGCCGUUCUCGUUGCUGUCGGAGGAGUUGGCUCCGCUGUACUCUUCUGGCUUGCAAAGAAGCGACAAUGGGACGUCCGGCAGUCGAUCCGUCGUGCCUCCCGCCGCCUUACCGGUCGCUCAGACGUCUCCAAGCGCCAGAACCGACGAACUGGCGUGCGACUUAACUCGCCUCCUCCGGCCAGGAACGCAAAGGUACCAGAGCGAGACGUCGAGAAGGGCUUGGGAUCCAAUGCACAGAAGGCGAAGACGACGACGACCAUCACAAGC